GCACGCACUGCGCAGGCGCGCGGCCUCUGUGGUCCCGGGGCUCUGCAGCCGUUGGGGAGGUUUCCAUCCCUUUGGUUUUUGACCCUCUGCGCUUGCCCGCUCCGCCCCUGCCUCCACCCCAGCCCAGCGCUGGCCCCGCUCCUCUUGCAGGAAGGUGCUGGCCUGCGGCCCCAAGGGCAGCAGUGUCCAGAUGAACUCCAACGCCCCAGGCUGCCCCAUGGCCUCGCUUUAUGUGGGGGACCUGCAUCCCGAUGUGACCGAGGCGAUGCUCUACGAGAAGUUUAGCUCGGCCGGGCCCAUCCUUUCCAUCCGGGUGUACAGGGAUGUGAUCACACGACGCUCCCUGGGGUACGCUUCCGUGAACUUCGAGCAGCCUGCGGACGCGGAGCGUGCUUUGGACACCAUGAACUUCGAUGUCAUCAAGGGCAAGCCUGUCCGCAUCAUGUGGUCUCAGCGUGAUCCGUCGCUACGCAGGAGUGGAGUAGGCAACGUCUUCAUUAAAAAUUUGAACAAGACCAUCGACAACAAAGCGCUGUACGAUACAUUUUCUGCUUUCGGCAACAUCCUUUCCUGCAAAGUGGUCUGCGACGAGAACGGCUCCAAGGGCCACGGGUUUGUGCACUUCGAGACGGAGGAGGCGGCGGAGAGGGCCAUCGAGAAGAUGAACGGGAUGCUUCUGAACGAUCGCAAAGUGUUUGUGGGGCGGUUCAAGUCUCGGAAAGAACGGGAGGCCGAGCUUGGAGCGAGGGCCAAGGAGUUCACCAACGUUUACAUCAAGAACUUCGGGGACCUCAUGGAUGACGAGACCCUGAAUGGCCUCUUCGGCAGGUUUGGACAGGUUCUAAGUGUGAAGGUAAUGACCGACGAAGGCGGGAAAUCCAAGGGCUUCGGGUUCGUCAGCUUCGAAAGGCACGAAGACGCCCAGAGAGCGGUGGAGGAGAUGAAUGGAAAGGAGCUCAAUGGGAAACCCAUUUACGUCGGUCGCGCUCAGAAGAAAGGGGACCGGCACACAGAGCUCAAGCGCAAAUUUGAACAGGUGACCCAAGACAGAAGUAUCCGGUACCAGGGCAUUAACCUUUACGUGAAAAAUCUUGAUGACGGUAUCGACGACGAACGCCUCCAGAGAGAAUUUUCCCCGUUCGGAACAAUCACCAGUACAAAGGUUAUGAUGGAGGGGGGUCGGAGCAAAGGGUUCGGUUUUGUGUGCUUCUCCUCCCCGGAGGAGGCCACCAAAGCCGUUUCAGAAAUGAAUGGCAGAAUCGUGGCCACGAAGCCACUGUACGUAGCUUUGGCCCAGCGCAAAGAAGAGCGCCAGGCUCACCUCACCAGCCAGUAUAUUCAGAGAAUGGCGAGCGUGCGAGCCGUGCCGAAUCCCGUGAUCAACCCCUACCAAGCAGCACCUUCGGGGUACCCCGUGGCCGCAGUCCCACAGACUCAGACCUGCGCUCCGUGCUGCCCUACCCAGGUUGCUCAACCAAGGCCAAGCGCUCGCUGGACUGCUCAGGGUGCCAGGCCUCAUCCGUCCCCCAGUGUGCCCGGUGCGAUCCACGCAGCUGCUCCUAGAGCGUCAUUCGCUACCUUGAGACCAAGCCCUUCGCGUGUUCCUCAGGUGGCAUCAGCACAUCGCCUUACCAACACAUCAUCAGCCCAGACAGCGGGUCUACGGCCCGCCGCAGCUCCUUCCGCCGCAACUACUCCUGUUCAUUUGGUCCCACAAUAUAAGUAUGCUGCAGGAGUCCGGAACUCCCAGCAACAUCUCAAUGCCCCCCUGGCGCAACAGCCGGCUGUUCGGGGACAGGGUCAGGAACCUUGGACUGCUCCCAUGUUAGUAACUGGUCCCCAAGAACAAAAGCAAAUGUUGGGGGAAAAGCUGUUCCCUCUCAUUCAAGCCAUGCAUCCGACCCUGGCUGGUAAGAUCACGGGCAUGUUGCUGGAGAUCGAUAACUCGGAACCACUUGGUCUGCUUGAGUCCCCUGAGUCCCUGCGUUCCAAGGCUGACGAAGCUGUGGCUGUACUUCAAGCCCACCAAGCGAAAGAGGCUGCCCAGAAAGCCGUUAGCGGUGCCUCUGGUGUUCCAACUAUUUAAACUGACCAGAGACCUCGAAAAAGAAACUCACAAUUUGCAGAAGAAAAGUAUAUAAACGUUGAAAAAAAAAGUAAAUAUUAUUUUAAAAAAAUGGUAAAAUAUAAAAUAAAUAAAAAAAAGGAAAGGAAACUUUAAACUUUAUGUACUGAGCAAAAUGUCAGGUCUAGUGUUAGGCCUAGACUUACUUAAAAUCAGCAACCCCCCCAACAGAAACAGUAAGACGCUACAAACCAAUGUUUUGUAGACCCCAGGAAAAGCAUUUUCAGCCGAGUAGAAACAUUUAGAGCAUUCUUUUAAUUUUGUAAUUCUUUAUUGUUGAAUAGCUCAAAAUGUCAGUUCUAAUAGCAGAGUUGAUAACUGGGCAAGGAAACGAUUUAAAAUUCUUGCUUUAAUAAAAACUUACACAGUGGAAAAAAAAAUAUCAGGAGUUAUAUAGGUAGGGAUAAUGUGCUCUAUCAUUUUCUUUGUAUUGCUCUAUAUUAAAUUAUAUAUUAGAAUAAAGAACAACUAGAUGA